AUGCUGACCACUUACCCAAGACCAUGUGAAAAAUGCGGAAAAACGUGCAAAAACAGAUUCGACUUUUUCCGUCAUAAGAAAUAUUGUGCAACAAAUGUUAAACUUCCAUGUUUACAUUGUGACAAAUUGUUUUCAAGGAAGGACGCGAUGAAGGCUCAUGUCUGCAACUUUCACUCUGAGGCAGCCAAACGAAAAGCGUCCGUGAAUGAUGAAGUAGACCGUUUGGAACUCUUGCAUGCUGACAAAGUUCCACGUUUGAACGUUGAAAGCCAGACAGGUUGCGCAGUAAUGACACGUGGUACCAAACGUGAGAACGAAGAAGAAGACUCCAAAAACAAUGUGAAAGAAUCUAAACCAGACGACACAGAUCAAACACUAGAUACUACGGAGGAAAAUGGUGGCGGGCCAAAUCCACUCUUUGUGGCGGAUGUGAAGAAAUUGGGACCAGCGAAACGCUGGAAAAACAAUGCCGUAGUCAAUCAAAAAUUUAUUCUGACCUUAGACCAACAACGCGCCGCUAAAGAUCACGAAGAUUUGAAUAUUGCAGCAACCCAUGCUACAGCAACCGCAACAGAUAAUCUGAUGAUGAAUUGA